AUGGCGGCAAUCACACAGCGCGGCAAGCGAAAAACAGCUGGAAAGCGCAUGUCCAGCCUGGUUGGCAAGGCCCAAGAGGAAGACGAUACCUUCUGGGGACACGAUACAUGGGCGGAUGAUGGAGAUGAUAGUGGCAAUGAAUCCUUUCGUGAUUCCGAUGAGGAGUCGGCCGCCAAAAAGGACGAGUUUGACUCGGACUUUGACGAGAGUGAAUCAGAUCGUGAAGAGGAAGAAAAGGCUGCAGGACAAGAGGAAGAACAAGAAUUGAAACGGCAAGAGCGAAGUAAAUCCAAGGGCAAAGGAUACAUGGAAGCACCCACCAAUCGGGGAAUAACCAAAGGAAAAGGGAAACGAGUAGUGGGGGAUGGUAUGAAUGCUGGUAUUGUCUUGAAUUUCCCUGGCUCCAAGGGCGGUGGUGCACCACUUCCGACGCCAGUAGGAGCUCCUCUUCCAUCAACAGCAGCUACCACACCUCCGCCACCCAAAAAGCCAUCGCCCAAAAAGGCAGCCAAACGAAUCACCAUGGCCUCGACGCGAACGAAACGAUCCGCAACCACUAACAAGCGAUUAAGGGAGAGCACCGCCAAAGCUUCGGAAGAAUCCCAGACAUCGGCGAAAAAAGCAACCAAGACGGGCACUGGCACUGGCACUGGUGGCAGCAAAAGGAGUGGCAAGCGUCGGUACACACAAGAAGAAAUGCUAUUAGAAGCAGUCCACAAGACGGAGCCAGAGAAUAAGCGAUGGCUGUUGGAACGAAAACGAACCAAAGACAUUGAAGAUAGCGAUAGGGCGGCCAUGGCAUUGAGGGAAAAGAAGAAGGGGCCAGUAGUCGAAAAGUAUCAUUCCAAGAGAGGCUCUCUGAAGACAUUGACAUACCCGAACAUGGACGCGGUUCCUGAACUAUUCACGCGAAAAAAGGUGGUAUUGAAGAAGCCAAAGAAAACAUUCUGUGUCGUUACUGGAAAGCGAGCAAGGUAUAAGGACCCGAAGACUAAUCUUGGAUACUUUGAUUUGCCAGCCUUUAAGGAGCUGCGAAGACGGAUGGAAGCAAACGAACCAUUGGAUCAGCGAAAAAAACCUCCACCCAAAGCCAAACCCGCAACGAAUGAUACUGGCAGUAAUGUAGGAAAAGAAGAAACGAACACGGCAGGAGCUGCCCCGAAACCCACCCCCAAUGGUGUACCUCCAACUGAUGUGGCUCCAACGACGCCUAAAACAACUGCAACUGUAAAAACACUCCCCGGCAACGCUUCGAGUGUGCCCAAUGUGCCAACAUUGUCUCCUUCCGGGAGAAGAAUGUCUCCACGAUCGAGGAAGCCAACCGAAAAAAUGCGAGAAAACAUUGCCAGCAGCCCACAACUAAACAAUCUUGUCAAACUUAACGUGAGCAACCCUGCCAAUCCAGCUUUGGCCAUGCCAGCUGACAGCAUCAACAACACAAAGUCAAGCUCCACUGUGCCUGGUCCUGUACCGAAACCAAGUCCUUCUGGUACCAAUGGAAAUGCCAAGAAAAAAUCGACUACAACACAACCCACUUCCGAGCAAAGCGACCAGAAAACAACCUCUGUUGGUGCCAAAGUCAAGCAUGCAACGCCUCCUGUCAAGCCAAAGACAACACCCACUGAAUCAGCGCCUACAACCAAACCACCGAUAGCGGCGAAACCUUCGGGAGGAGAAACAUCUUCCAGCGGAAACAAACGAGCUGUUGAGGGUCAAAAGGAGGCCACGCAAAGUCAGUUAAUCAUGCAAGUGAUCAAUGACUUCAACCAACAGCACCCAGAGGUGAAGGAAUAG